UUAAAGUCCAAGUUGCAACAAAUUUUGAUCUAUACUUUUUGAUUAGCUUGUAAUUUUGUCAUCAGACUCAUUUACCUAAUGGCCCAAUCCAACGGUUUGGAAUCAACCUUAACCAAACAUCAUAUCUAAUUAUAUAUCCUUUCCAUUCUCUCCCCAAUAAACUAUUAACAAUAAAUAUUUAAUAAUAAUUAAGAGAAGAAAAGAUAUCUACCAAUCCUAAAUAAGAAGAAAAAACAUAAAAUCUUCAUUUAUCAACAAUAAAUUAAAAUUUAUAUCUUCCUUUCUCUCUUACCCUGAAAAUCUGAUUUUUUCCUGCUCUUGUCUCAAAAAUCAAUUAUCUAAUACCCUUUCUCUCUCCCUCUCUCUCUACUGAUCAUCUUCACAGAGGAGAGAGAUCAAUGGAGGAGCCAAAAUGGCUGGAAGGUCUCUUGAGAACAAACUUCUUCAGCAUUUGCCCUCAACACCGUGAGACACCGCGAAAUGAGUGCAACAUGUUCUGUCUCUCCUGUCAAAACGCUGCGUUUUGCUUCUACUGCCGCUCCUCCUUUCACAUUGACCAUCCCGUUCUUCAGGUCCUUCAUUUUCUCAACACACCACAUUGCAUAUACAUAUAUCAAUUUGACUCACUCCAGUUCUUUAUCAUUGACAUUGGGACAGAUAAGAAGAUCUUCAUAUCAUGAUGUGGUGAGAGUGUCGGAGAUAGAGAAGGCAUUGGACAUAAGAGGAGUGCAAACUUAUGUCAUCAACAGCGCGAGGGUUCUCUUCUUAAACGAGAGACCUCAGCCUAAGAACUCCUCCCAUGGCGCCGCCUCCUCAACCCCGAAAACCAUUUCCUACUUCUGUGAGACAUGUUGCAGAACCCUUCUUGAUCCCUUUCGCUUCUGUUCCUUGGGUUGCAAGGUUGAAGGAAUGAGGAAGAAUAAGGAAGAGGAAGAAGAAAGAUUGCGUAAAGAAAGACAACAAGAAACGCACAAAGGCACGCAUCCUCCAACUCAUACCUCUAAUUCUAGGCGACGAAAAGGCAUUCCUCAUAGAGCUCCUUUGGCCUCCUAAUUUAAUCAAUCUUUUUCAAGAAAUAAAAAAAUAAAACUUUUCUUUAACUUAUUUUAUCUUUUUAAAAUCUCAUUUAAUGGUCCACCCAAAUUAGCAUAGUAUAUGCGUAUUGGGUGGGUGUAUUUAUAUAUUCCCAAUUUGUACAAUGUCCAGCUCACUUCUAACAAUCCUCUCACAUUGAAAUACAACAAUUUGUAUAGAAGAAAAUCCUAAUUUCCCAACUUUUUUGCUGUAAAAUAUUAAAUACUUUUCUAGCUAAUUUUAUAUCAUA